UGUCUAGUAUUAGCUCUGCGUCGUCCAACUCGAGAACCAAGCGCAAACGCACAAACGAAUAUGCCCGUAACGACGCAUUACCAGCUAGACGCAAGAGGUCGAGGAGAGCGCAACCUGGAAUGAAUUUUGACUUCGAAGGCAAACUCAUACAACCGUCGGAGAAGUUUGACCUGUUCUGGCGUUUCACCACCGCUCGCCACGAAAUUGAUGUUAAACGUCGAGCAGGAUUGCAGCCACCCUGGACAGAUGACCCAGUACUGGAGACUGGCCGUUUUUGCAACGUCUACCGGAUACUAGACAGGGCCAGUCAAUAUCUCGUCACAGAUGUCAUCGAAACUGGCUCUCAAGAUUUCACCGAGCUCAUCUUCCGCAUUCUUCUGUUCACAACUUUUACGAAGAUUGAUACUUGGGAGGUGCUUCGGAAGAGCACCAAUCUUACCUGGGCCGACUACGAUCGAUGCUUGUAUGAGCGAACCCUUAAGGACUUGCACGACCGGAAGAUCACGCUUUACACUGGGGCAUAUCAGAAACCGGCUCCAGAUCUAGGUUUCAGCGAGGCCUACCUAAAUCACCUAACGCUGCUUGAGAAGAUGAUGGAAACACUACCAGAUUUUCUCAACACAGUCAGAUACGCCGAGGAUGUCUUUGAUUGGCUCUGCUCGUUUGAAGGGAUAGGCGACUUCACUGCCUAUCAGUACUUCUUGAACCUGUCAUAUUCAGACGUCCUCAAUUUCUCCGAAGACGACUUUGUGGUGCUUGGACCUGGGUCCCGCAAUGGUCUGCAGGAAUGCUUUGAAGACAUUAGCCCUCGCGCAUCCCUAGCAGCUCUACGAUGGAUGAAGGCGACCCAGAGGCAUCACUUUAAGCGCUUGGGGCUAACCUUUGACGGCCUGGGUCCCAGCCGCCUGCCAAUGCAGCUAUGCGAUAUCGAGCAUACAUUAUGCGAGUUCUAUAAGUACCUCCGUUCAUGCAAUGGUGGAGUCCAGCGCAGUGGCAGGAACUUUCGCUCUGACAUGGCGCCUCUCUUGAAGCCAGUCCGACUCCCGAAGGCAUGGGAUCAUGCAGAUCGUCAAAUAAUACGCAUCAGGCCACCGGUUGAGAAAUACGAGGUCGAGGAAGUAGUGGACCACAAGUGGGUGGGUAAGAGUCGUAUGUUUCAGGUCUAUUGGGUGGGUUACAGUGUCGAUGAAGCCACAUGGGAGCCGGAACAAAUGUUGCGGAGAGAUGCGAAACUAGCUCUUGAAAAGUAUCUUCAGGGAAUCCAGGAAUGGAGCAUGCCAAGUACACGACCAAAGAAAGCUCGAAGGAGGUGACAUAAACAAUACAGUACUAGCAAUUCCCUGGAAAUCAAGUCGUGUAUACAAAGAAUAUAUUUCUGCAGGGGUUUAUUAGGGCCUGAGCAUGCACUCAGUUUCAUUGCGUGACUUACUGGUGGUCCGUCAAGUCAGCGAAUGCAUGCUUCUCCCGCUCCCGUUGUAUGUCCUCC